AUGUCGAUUGGUGUAGCUCUGCUUGGGGCUGGGAUUUUUGCAAAGAAGGAGCACCUUCCGGCCAUCGAAUCAUGUCCAUCAUUGAGUUUGAAGGCCGUCUACUCGCGAUCGCAGACGUCAGCCGAGAGCUUCGCCGCUGCAGCCGGCGAGGAUAUUGAAGCCUACUUUGAGUCGCCUUCUGUUCAAUCCAAAUCCCUGGAUGAUCUGUUACAACGUCAAGACAUUGUUGCCGUCAUCAUCGCCGUUGCGAUUACGGCGGCACCGGAUCUGAUCCAGAAAGCAUUGGCCGCAGGAAAACAUGUUCUGAGCGAGAAACCAAUCGCUCCCGACGUCGAGACAGCCCAGAGGUUGAUGGAUUACUACCAUGGACAGACGAAGAGCGGCGUACUGUGGGGUGUGGGCGAGAAUUUCCGAUUCUGGGACCCUGUUCAGAAGGCUGCGAGGAUCCUCACGGAGAUGGGUGGAAGCCUAGUCACCUUUUCGGUGACUGCCUAUUCAUUCACGGAUUCCAAGAACCCCUUCUAUCAUACCGACUGGCGCCAGAAGCCUACAUUCCAGGGAGGGUAUUUACUGGAUGGUGGGGUGCAUUUCGCUGCGGUGUUACGAACGUUGCUAGCUGCUCUCGGUCAAAGGGUAGACGUCGUAUCCGCAUACACGACGUCUUUGCAAGAGGAUCUUCCUCCCCUUGACACUGUUCAUGCGAUUUUGAGAACCAACAAAGGGGGUAGUGGCACCUACACCUCAUCUGUCGGAAUCCAAGCCAAGCGUGGUAUGGAGUUUGAGAUUGUGACCGACAAAGGCUACGUCACAUACCGUCCGUUCCAGAUGGAGAUCUUGGUCAAACAAGACCAGGGAGGCAACUGGGAGGAACGAUCAGAACCGGCACCAUUGAUGUGGGGUGUGAAGGAGGAGAUCGCUGCGUUCGCUACGAGCAUCUCUACCGGUAGGCUGGAUUCUAGAUUGUCAACCACGGAGGCCCUAGAGGAUUUGAAGAUUGUGGAAGCCAUGUUGAGGUCGGGGGAUGCACAAGCGCUGCCGGUAGAUAUCACGUCCACAUUCCGAACCUAUAGUAUAUCGUAG